AUGGCAGCGGCUUUGCUUGAGGCUGUCGUAUCCGACGAGGAUGCAGAGGCAACCCUCCUCCCCUUCGUUCACGCCCGCUUUCGGCCGCUGCUGCCAGCGUGGUUCUCAAAGAAGGCUGAGCCCUUUCUACCGGCAGAGGGGCUUGAGCAGUACCGAAGUUCGCUGCGAGAGCGCUGUGGUGACUUUGUGGAGGACGUGGCUGGCUGGGCCGUGAGAUGCAAGGCCUGGAUUCUCUCAAGUCCCGUGGUCCGCGCCCUGUUGGUCUUGGUGGCACGUGUGAGCUUUGUGGCAGAUCUGGCGUUGGACAUCAACGUUGGCCUUGAGUUGCGAGCUUCCGGCAACUUCUGGUGGAGUGGCAUCUGCUUCAGCAUCAUUGCUUUCACUUAUCUCGUCCUGGUCAUUGCGUUGCGUGAGAAAGCUCUGGAAAGGUUGCAAAGCUGUUGCCUGGUGGAGAGGCCGAUGGCAGCCAUGAUGCUCUGGUUCCUGCUCGGCGUGCCGCUGCUGAUUGCUACAGACAUCUUUGUCACGCUGCGGUACUUGUGGCAAGAUCCGCUGGAUGUAGAGGUCUUUCACUUCUUGAAGCUUAGAGGGCUGCUUGAGGCUGUUGAGGCCAUGUUGCAGACGCUCUUGCAGAGCUACGUUGCAUUCCGACUUUACAACCCCGGCGGCUUCUUUGCACAAGUAGAGGCGAAGCAGGUUAAGCCCGCCGCGCUGUGCCUCUCCAUCAUGUUCUCGAUCAAGAACUUGGGAGAGCAGUUUCUGUUCUUGGACAAGUUCUCGAAGCUACAAACUCACGGGGACAGGUGGUUGUUCCUGAAGACGAUGUGUGCCCUGGGCGAUGGUCUGGCACCCUCGAGCCUCUUCGACCAGGUUGCGCGGAGCCGCCGUGUGAACUGCGAGUUCGACCUGGGCCUCGUGGCUCGCUCCGAGCUCUGGGUCUUGGCCAGGGCGGUCCGCGACAGCCCCGUCUUGGAAGAGCUGCGCUUUGCGAAGGCCAGCUUCCUCAAAGUGCUGGUGCGGAGCCCUACGGAGACAAAUAUCCUGGCAGGCUGGGUGGACGAGUUGACGCACAGCCGCCACCUUCAGAGUCUCUGCAUAGACGGGACUGUUAUUGGCUUCCGCCUAGUUGACGAGGAGAUCUGGGAAGCAGUCCUACAGGUUGGAGAGGAUCUUUACGUUGCCGCAGGCCUUCAGCGCCUGACCAAGCAUCUGGGACUCUUAUUGAGCUUGGGUGCCUCACCGAACGGGGACGGGAAGAAGCUGCCCUUGAUUGGCGCUGCUCUGCUUAACGCAUCGGGGAAUGCCAAGCUGCUUCUGGAACACCGCGCCGACGUUGAUGCAAAUUCCGGUAAGGGGCUCACCGCCCUGUACGGGGCCGCUCAGGCGAAUGCAGCCCGGACCCUGCAGCUUCUUCUGAAGCACAGGGCAGAGGUAAAUCUGGCAAUCGGCCCCAAGAAAUUGACGCCCUUGCAUGCUGCUGCAAGGGGAACCUGCAAUGAAGCUCUCCUAUUGCUCCUGGAGCAUCAAGCUGAUUCCAACAAGGCAAGUGCAGAUGGGCUUACCGCCCUCCAUGUUGCCUGCGAAGCAUCGCACCUGAAUGCACUUAGCAGCGUCGAGGUGCUACUUGCCCACAAAGCUGAUGUGAACGUGACCACAGCAAGCCAGAGGACGCCUUUGCAUUUCGCAUUAAGAUCCCCUUCCAUUGCGCUUGGCACCGCUUUGUUGAGGCCACUGCUGGAGCAUCGAGGUAAUCUGAACCAGGCAGACAGCUUCGGAAGUGCCUUGCUCGUUGCCCGGGCAGAUGUGAGUCGGGUGAACGAGCAUGGGUGCACUGCCCUAUUGGAAGCCGCUGCAGAAAGCUCCGUUCAGUGCGCAAGGGUGCUUCUUGAUUUCCGCUCCGAUGUGAAUCGUCGCGAAAGCGGGCGCGGUGAGACCGCCCUGAUGAAGUUUGGAAUGCGCCAGUCUGCAGAGGGACUCCGACUGUUGCUGGAGGCGAGGGCAGAUCCCACGCUGAAGACGACAGACGGUUACAGGGUUGCCCGGUUCCGCAUCGGUGAUGGUCUGGUGUCGGUGAACGGCAAAACGGAGCGUUUCCUCCAUCGUCCCUUGCAGCCCGGGGACGUUGUCUCCGUGGAUGCCAGGCAAGUGCGAGCCGUACAGCUCCGCCGGCAGUCAGUGCAGCGAGAGGAAGAUCCUCUGCCACGAGGCUCGGAGCCGACGAGGGCGAAAGGCAGGAGCUUGCGGCUCCUGGAGCACCUGCAUCUGAGAGAGGGUCUGUCGCUCAACGAGGCCCGUUGUGCUAUCCGCGAGGGCCGGGUUCAAAUCGGCGGUGUGCCCGUCGGAGAUCCGGCCAGAUGGAUCACAGAUCCCGCAGCCGUGCUGCUGCUCGCGCCGGGGCCACCAGCUGCAGUGGCCGAAGAUGCGGCCACUCUUGGCACGCGCAUCGUGCAGGAGGAGCGCGACUUUGCCGUGGUCUGGAAGCCAGUCGGCAUCAGCGUGUCCGACUGCGCUGCGAUGCUGCCAAAGAUGGGAGUUCUCAGUGAUGAGGGAUAUCCCAAAGCAGCAUCGCGCAUGGAGCAGUCCCUAUCUGGACUCGUUCUUGUUGCUAAAUCGACGCACGGCUGGCGCCUGCUGUGCCGAGCCCUGGGCGAAGACCAGGAGGAGCCAAAGGAAUCCCAAGCUGCCUGGUGCCACGUUCUGGUUGUGGUGGAUUGCGAUGUGAGUGCCCCGAGGGAUGCCUGGCGACCCGCCGAUCAGCGCUUCGAGCUGUUGAGGCCCCGGAGCAGCACGCGCUGGAUCCGCGGAAGGGGCCAGCUGCAGGUUUUGGAGUGCGUCUGCAGGGCACCCCUUUGCGGUGCUAAGCUCUUUGCAUCCUCACUGGCGGCUUUGGGUUACCACAUUCUCGGCAGCAAGGGCGCGCGUGGUCGUCCUUUGAAGAGUAUCAUUGGCUGGACUCUGGACUUGCCUCACCGCACCAAUUUCAAGGUUGAGCCGCCGGCCCAGCUGCUGAAGGCUUUCGAGGACGCCCGCGAAUCCUGGCAGCGGCACCAGGAAGCUGCGGCGCGGCGGCUUCCGACCGAUGCCAAGGAGCGGUUGGCACGCAGUGAGGCUGCUGAAUCUGCCCUCCAGAUUGCCUACGCCCAGGGUUCGGAACUCUUCUGCAGCCACCAGUUUCGGGUGUCCGAGUCGGUGAUGGUCCCCCGCCGGGGAACAGAGGCUGUGGCACAGAGGGCCGCGGAGGAGCUUAAGGCUCUCAAAGGAUCGGGUCCACGCCGUUUGCUGGACCUCGGGACGGGAAGCGGAUGCAUCGCCGUCUCUGCUCUUCUUGCUCUCGAGGAGGGCUGCGAAGCCGAAGCCAUUGGCUUGGACAGCAGCGCCGAGGCUUUGGCUGUUGCCCGGAGCAACGCUGAGAACUUGCUGCGGACGCCGCGGCAUUUCCGAGGGGUGGAGGCGUGCUUUUCCGACCUCGGGUCUCCCAGCUUGGCCAGGACCUUGAUGGACUCCAACCAUGGCUUCGAUGUGGUGGUCGCCAACCCUCCAUAUCUCACCCGGGCGCAGGCCGAAGAGCUGCUGGGGCCCAGGGCAGACGCCAAGGAGCCCUGGCAGGCGCCUACACCCCACAGAGGUGAAUUUCGGUUGAACAGUGCCGGAUUUAAGUAG